AGUCGCUUAGCAACCGGGAGGCUUACCUUUGGAAGCUUGUUGCAGCUCUAGCUACGGUCCUGCCCUCUUCCCGCCCCACCCCUCCCCUAAACUCCCUUCACCUAGGAGCUGCCAAACAUCUGGAUCAACCUGGGCACUACGAGGGGUUGAAUUUCUACCAUUAACGCGCCUUUUGACAUUUUUUUCCCGACCUCCUGCUCACAUCCGUAAAACCCACUGAUUCUUUUACUACACUUUUUAUGAGAACAAGACAUUUUCUAGGAAGAUGGUGGCAGAAAAAGAGACCCUGAGCUUAAACAAAUGCCCAGACAAGAUGCCGAAGAGGACCAAGCUGCUGGCACAACAGCCGCUCCCGGUGCACCAGCCUCACUCCCUGGUUUCUGAGGGCUUCACAGUCAAAGCCAUGAUGAAAAACUCAGUCGUGAGAGGCCCUCCAACGGCAGGGGCAUUUAAAGAAAGACCAACCAAGCCCACAGCAUUUCGAAAAUUCUAUGAGCGAGGUGACUUCCCAAUUGCCCUUGAGCAUGAUUCGAAAGGAAACAAAAUCGCCUGGAAGGUAGAAAUUGAGAAGCUGGAUUACCAUCAUUAUCUGCCUCUGUUUUUUGAUGGGCUUUGUGAAAUGACAUUUCCCUAUGAAUUUUUUGCUCGGCAAGGAAUCCACGACAUGCUGGAACACGGUGGGAACAAGAUCCUACCUGUCCUUCCACAGCUCAUUAUCCCGAUAAAAAAUGCCUUGAAUCUCCGAAACCGACAGGUCAUCUGUGUCACUCUCAAGGUCCUCCAGCAUCUGGUUGUGUCAGCUGAGAUGGUGGGCAAGGCCUUGGUGCCUUAUUACCGUCAAAUCCUCCCCGUCCUGAACAUCUUUAAGAAUAUGAAUGUGAACUCCGGAGAUGGCAUUGACUACAGCCAGCAGAAGAGGGAGAAUAUUGGUGACUUGAUCCAGGAGACGCUGGAGGCCUUUGAGCGCUACGGAGGAGAAAAUGCCUUUAUCAACAUUAAGUACGUGGUCCCAACCUACGAGUCUUGCUUGCUAAACUAACAGUGGCAGCAGCUGGGACUUGAAGCCUCCCCUUGGUGUUGGGAUCAUCUGUCUCUGCUGCUUUUAGCAUCUCAUUCCUUGUGACUUCCACAGCUUUCUUUUCUACAGCUGCUAAAAUAGUGGCUUAUGGGCCAUUGGACUGUUAGCCCUAUUGAGAGCAAGGCUUUCCAAUACAUAAAUAGUGCCUGUUUCUUAGAUUACAAUAGUGUACUGUGCUUAUUUGUUCUAUGAGAAGAAUUGCUUCUUUAUACAGCUCUGACAGAAGCAGGAGUCCGAGUUAAACCUUCAGUUGUAUAGACAAUAAACUAUAAUUUUCAUACGCAAUUCA